GCUCAAAUAAGCUCAGUUAGCAGGGAUACUCCCUUGUUGCUUGUGUCCAGUACUACUUAACAGCUUGGCUCCCACAGCCCUGGCCGACAUUUCCCCAACAGGACACAGGCGUGCUUGGGCAAAUGUGAUCAUGGGUUGGCACACAAUCGAGGCAACAUGAUGAAACACAAUUACAAUGCAUAAAUCAUGCAAUGGUACUCAAUCAAGGCUGCAUCUGUGCAUAAUCCUGUAUCAUCCCAGAUGUAGCCACAUGCAUGUGGCGCUGCUUGCUUUCAGCCACUCGCAGCCCCUCCUCUAUCUUGACCCCUCCAAGCCGAGUUCCAGCUCUCAACCUGCUUCGGUACCUGCCGAGCAGAUUUCAAACCCUGUUCGCCUGCGACAACGUCCAGCGUCGGACUCAGGCGCUCUCUUGAAUUGAAUUGGCUCUCCCUCCGCUCCAUCUCUUUUUCGCAAUGCCUUCGCAGCCCUCGAACGCGGGUAUUGUCACCGACGAGAACAGUGGUGACCGAGAGAUCCCGCAGUCUGUCCGCGCAGAUGGCAGUACCCGGAAAGCUAUCAAAAUUCGUCCGGGAUACCGCCCUCCCGAGGAUGUCGAAGUCUACAAGAACCGCACUGCCGAGGCCUUUCGCGAGCGCGGUAAGAAGAUUGGCAUCCCAGGUGCCACGGGCUUGGAGGAAGGGGGCUCCGAACAAAGCUCGGCUGCAAGCAACAAGAACGCCAAGCGUCGUGAGGCUCGGAAAAAGGCAAAGGCUGCAGAGGGUGAUGCUCCAGCCCCUGCGGAAGAGACCAAGCCCGAGGAAGUCGAUCCCGAAGUUGAGCGCGAGAAAAAGGCCCGAAAUCUUAAGAAGAAGUUGAAGCAGGCUAAGGACCUCAAGAACAAGAAGGAAGGUGGUGAGGCUCUACUCCCCGAGCAAAUCGCAAAGGUCAUCAAAAUCAAUGAACUCAUUAGAGAGUUGGAUGCACUCGGUUUCGACGCUGAGGGUGAGCCCAAGAAGGCGACCACUGACGACGAGGGUGAAAAGAAGGACUGAGACAGUUUGUGCGACUUCGACUCGAAAAUUAUCACUGCAAGUCAAGGUGCUUCGAACAGCCGCUGGUACAUCCAGGGCUGCGUUUCUGGGUAAACUACUUCUCACCAGGACAUUGUGACCUUUGAUGCCAAGUCGGAUGACGAAGAUACAUAUUUUUGUGACCUAUGCCCAACUCAACAUCAUCAGCAAGCCGUCUCCAGCUAUUUAAGGGAUCAUUUAGCCAAUUUCUUGGUCCUUGCCAUCACUUGGGUGUAUUCUGGCCCUUCAUUUUGAAAUCGGCACACCUUCUGCUCUUCCCGACACCUUGUCCAUCUUUAGGACGAACGAGCAAUAGGCACGAUGCGCUAUGCGCGCAAAGCUUAAGGUUGGGUCGGGGUGUACCAAAAAUCAUGUUUCUGAGUAAAUUAGAUACAUAAUGAGAGCUACGAAAUUCCUCAAUAUGCUAUCGUCUUUGAGGUCGGAAAAUCGGCCACUACCUAGGGGAAAUGCUGAAGGUAUUUGCAUCC